AUGGCAUUGACACGACAGAUUCCUAGAAGAACAGGAAUCAGUUUGGUUUUCAAGCGUUUUUACGCUUUACCAAGCGAGCAAAAAAAGCUUCUUCAAUCUUCGGUUUUUCAAUAUGACCCUGAGGUUGGCAAAAUCUUAAAAUUUGAAGAGAAACGACAAAAGGAGUCGAUAGGUUUAAUUGCCAGUGAAAACUUUACUUCCAAGGCCGUUAUGGACGUCCUUGGUAGUGUGAUGCAAAAUAAGUAUAGUGAAGGUUACCCAGGAGCCAGAUAUUAUGGAGGUAAUGAAAUUAUCGAUCAGGCCGAGUCUUUAUGUCAAAAGCGUGCCCUUGAAGCUUUUCAUUUAAAUCCGGAAUUAUGGGGUGUUAAUGUACAACCUCAUUCAGGUUCGCCUGCUAACCUUCAAGCUUAUCAAGCUGUUAUGAAACCCCAUGAUCGUUUGAUGGGUUUGGAUUUGCCUCAUGGAGGGCACUUAUCUCAUGGAUUUGCUACACCUCAGAAAUCAAUUUCCGCAGUCUCCACAUAUUUCUGUACUAUGCCGUAUGGUGUGAAUCCCGAAACUGGUAUUAUUGAUUAUGACGGCUUGAGCAGAUCUGCUAAGCAGUUCCGUCCCAAGGUGAUUGUUGCAGGUGCAAGUGCGUAUUCACGUUUAAUUGAUUAUAAACGCAUGCGUGAAAUUGCCGAUGAGUGUAAUGCUUAUUUGCUUUGUGAUAUGGCUCAUAUAUCUGGUCUUGUUGCCGCCGGUGUCAUUCCUUCUCCGUUUGAAUAUGCCGAUAUUGUUACUACCACAACCCAUAAGUCUCUUCGUGGACCUCGAGGAGCUAUGAUUUUCUUCCGUCGUGGUCUUUGCAAACACGACAAGAAAGGCAACCCUGUUUAUUAUGAAUUGGAAGACAAAAUUAAUUUUUCAGUCUUUCCUGGUCACCAGGGUGGUCCUCAUAAUCACACAAUUACCGCUUUGGCUGUAGCCUUAGGUCAAGCAAAAACUCCUGAGUUUAUUGAAUAUCAAAAGAAUGUUGUCAAGAAUGCUAAAGCAAUGGCAGAUGCAUUUAUCAAAAAAGGCUACAAAUUGGUUUCCGGUGGUACAGAAACCCAUUUAGUUCUUGUCGAUUUGACCAACAAAGAUAUCGACGGAGCUAGGGUUGAGCGUGUUUUGGAGUUGAUCAAUAUCUCAGCUAAUAAGAACACUGUUCCUGGAGACAAGUCUGCACUUAUUCCCCAUGGUUUGCGUAUAGGUACUCCAGCUUGUACUACACGGGGCUUUAAUGAACAAGAUUUUGUAAGAAUUGUUGACCUUAUUGACGAAGUUGUUCACCUAACUGUCAAGUUGAACAAACAAGCUAAGGAUAAUGGUAAGACCAAACUCAAAGAAUUUAAAAGCUAUGUUGGUGACGGAAGUCAAAAUCCAGAAAUAUUCAAGUUGAAAGAACAAGUUCGUCAAUGGGCUAGCAAGUUUGACUUUCCUAUUUAA